CUUCUCCUCGGCUGCUGCAUCGACUUCUGCGAAGAGCUCUGUACAGAGGACCGCAGUGGGACGGAGCUCAAAAACCCCCGGCGGAGGAGGAACAAAUGGACGACGAGAUAGAGGAAGGCAUGGUGGUGGACGAAGACCCCCAGUCGUUGCCCGGCCACCGGCAGGCUGACCGCAGGGCCUCAGGGAAGUCGCCGUACGAGCUUCUGAGAGAGAGCAAGAGCUCCGUGGAGGAUGUCGUGGCUAAGAUCCUCGCCAUCAAGAGGCAAGGCCACCCGAAGUCUCAGCUGCGGGAGCUCGUCACUCAGACUUUCCUCCACUUCGUCACUCUCCGCCAGGUAAACCGCACGAUCUUGUUGGAGGAAGACCGUGUGAAAGCGGAGACAGAACGUGCCAAGGCACCUGUUGAUUUCACGACCUUGCAGCUUCAUAAUUUGAUGUAUGAGAAAAGUCACUAUAUUAAAGCAAUUAAGGCGUGUAAAGACUUCAAAUCAAAGUAUCCUGACAUUGAACUCGUACCUGAGGAGGAAUUUUUUCGUGAUGCACCUGAAGAUAUUAAAGGGUCCGUAGAAUCAAAUGAUGCCCACAGUUUAAUGUUGAAGAGGCUUAAUUUCGAGCUCUUCCAGCGAAAGGAAUUACGCAAGCUCCAUGAGCAACUGGAAGAACGCAAAAGAAGUCUCUUGCAGACUAUUGCGAACCGAAAAAAGUUCUUAUCAAGCCUGCCCUCUCAUCUCAAGUCUCUAAAGAAAGCAUCCUUGCCAGUGCAGAACCAGCUAGGGGUUCUGCACUCUAAGAAGCUGAAGCAGCAUCACUCAGCAGAAUUGCUUCCUCCACCUCUUUAUGUGGUCUUUUCCCAGUUGAUGGCACAGAAGGAAGCAUUUGAAGAGAAGAUUGAUCUGGAGAUAAUAGGGAGUAUGAAGGAUGCACAGACCUUUGUCCGCCAGCAAGCAAACAAGGAUUCUGGAAUUUCUUCCAAUCAAGAAAGUUCCAGGUUGGAGGAUGAUGUCCCUGAUGAAGAAGAUGAUGGACAGAGGAGGAGGAAGCGUCCAAAGAAGGUACCAUCCAAAGAGAAUCUUGAGCACGCAGGAUAUUAUCAAGUCCAUCCACUCAAGGUCAUCCUUCAUAUAUAUGAUGAUGAGACUUCAGACCCUAAGCCUGUGAAACUUGUAACUCUAAAGUUCGAAUAUAUGUUGAAGUUGAAUGUGGUGUGUGUUGGGAUUGAAGCUGCAAAUGAAGGGCCUCAAGAUAAUAUCUUAUGCAACUUAUUUCCUGAUGAUACCGGCCUUGAGCUUCCUCACCAGUCGGCCAAACUGGCUGGUGGUGACAACCUCAAAUUUGAUGUAAAGAGAAGUUCGCGCCCAUUUAAGUGGGCCCAGCACCUAGCAGGAAUUGAUUUUUUGCCAGAAGUGUCUCCACUGCUGAAAGCUCAAGAAAAUACAAGCGACGAGAUGAGCAAAAGUGAUGUUUUUGCAUCAGGCCUUUCACUAUACCGCCAGCAAAAUCGGGUGGAGACAAUUUUGCAGAGGAUUCGAUCUCGGAAGAAGGCUCAGCUGGCUCUUGUGGAGCAGCUUGACUCACUUGAGAAGCUCAAAUGGCCUGCUUUAAGUUAUAAAAGUGUUCCAUGGGCUUCACAGUCUCCCUCAUGCAAUUUGCAUAGUUGGUCACUGGUAGGGUACUCACAUAAUCAAAAUCUACCUAUGCCUGCUGUUGAGAUGGAACAACUUCGGGAGCCCACAGAAGCAGGUGCUUAUGGAUCAACUGAUAAUACGAAAGACCAGCUAGAGAGUGUAACGGAAGAUGGGGAGCUCCCUUCUUUGGCUCUUGUUGCUUCUGUAGCAAAGGAUGUCAAACUUACUCCCUGGGGACCUAGUUUUGGGAACUCCAAGCAGCUGCGUCUAAUGUCUAAGAGCAUUUCACCUAUUACUAAGGCUAAGUCUUUGAGUUUCAAGAAGCAAGAUGAUGAGCUGGAAAUCCUGCUUGAAGCUGAUAGUGAUAUAGAUGAACCUGCAGUAACUGAGCAGGAAGUGGCAUCGGCUGUUCAAGUCCGUAAGCUUGCUGAAGACGCAUGGGUUGAGUAUGGGGCUAGAGAAUAUCGUCUCAUUUUGACCAGGAAACUGAGAACUGAUGAGAGAGAUGUGAAACUGGAAGCAAAGAUCAAAAUAAGCAUGGAGUAUCCACUCAGGCCUCCGCUGUUCUCACUGAGCCUUGACUCAGCUGAUGUUCAGUGGUAUAAUGAACCCCGUGCUAUGGAAGCUGAGGUGAAUCUGCAUAUGUUGAAGAUGGUGCCUUUGGAGCAUGAAAACUACGUCUUAGCUCAUCAAAUACACUGUUUGGCAAUGCUAUUCGAUCACUACCUGGAUGGGGCAUCUUCCUCUUCAGGAAAGAGGGACAGCACUUCCAUUGUUGAUGUAGGCUUGUGUAAGCCCGUGACAGGGAGUCUCCUUGGGAGAUCAUACAGAGGACGCGAUCGUAGGAAUAUAAUAUCCUGGAAGCAUGUUUAGUAGGCAAACUCGCAUUCCUCAAGAAUUUCUCAGCUCCCUUUCAAUCGAGGUCUUUGGUUAUUAAAAGCAAAAACUUGGAGCCUCCAAUUUUUCCUGAGUUGGAAAACGAUCUGGUUUGAGAUUCUCAGAUUUUCUAGAUUCCGAAACAUUAAGGUUACAAUUUAGCCCCUCCCUUGUGCCUCCAUUUUUUUUCCCCGAGUUGGUGGCAGGGACACAUAUCAGCCUAGAAUUCCUGUUGUCGCUCGAGGAGUUGUUUGUCUCUGUGAACAUUUUCAUCGCAAGAGAAGAGUGUGUUUCUUUAGUCAGCUUUGCCGCCCAGUCAAUUUCUGGGGUACCUAAUGAUCUGUAGUUCGGAUUACGGUAGACGACGAGUUGUGUACCUAAUUCUUGGAUUUGGCCUAGCA